CUCCCUCCUUCCUCCGAUUGCCGCGUCGAACAAGACAAAGCGGAAGCAGACGCGGAAGCAGGUGGCAGACAGCAUGUCUCCACCCGGAGGCAAGAUCAACAGACCCAAAACGGACUUGGGCAAGAAGCUGUUCAAGCGCCGUCGCGUCCUGGGGCGGCAGAAGAAGAAGCGCAGUCGGAUCGUGGGCGCCGUGCUGGACCGAGGCCUCAUCACCGUCCAUCACCUCCGGAAGAGGAAAACAAGCCCCAGGGCCAACAUCACCUUGUCGGGGAAGAAGAAGCAAAAGCUCAUCAAGCAGCUGCAGCACCUCCAGAAGGACAAGGCGCAAAUGGAAGUUGAAGCUGCAGCUCAUCCACCAAAGAAGAAGGCACGCAAGAAGAAAAGGAGCAGCCCAGCCAGCGAGGACGUCAGCAUGGACCAUGAUGGUCAAUAACCCAAAUGACUCUCUUGCCGUGGGAAUGGCGCUCAGGCACCACAAGUCAGCCAUUCCUUUGGCCGGCAGCGCGCAAAAACAUGUGGACCUUUUCUUUCCUGAAAAUGCGCACGCAACCAGUGUCCGCCGUUGUACUGUGUGCGUGCCUUUUGGUGGAUUCAGUCCAUUUGACGUGAGUGUUCCUCGCAUUCAUUUCGUGCUCAUUGUUUGACUUGAGACUGGAGUGGAAGCGUGUGGCUUGGCAAAGGUGCAAUUUCUAAUAAAACAAGCACGACAAACAGA